UCAGGUGCAACAACAACAACAAGUAGAACACACCAAUCAUGUGAAGAGUGGGACAUCACAGUUGGGCCUUGUGUUCAACAUAGCUCAGUAUUUGAGUGUGUUUCCCGCGCAUGUAAGUAAGUAGCUUUGAUUUCUUCUUCCUCCAUUGUUCCCUAGAACGAACGCCCUGCCCUCCCCUUUGCAGCAGAGGCCAGGCAAAAGCGCGCGCUUUCUGUGCCACUGGCUUCAAUCAGGUCCACCAAACGCAGAUAAUAAGAGCACCCGAGCACCGAAAAUUACGUCAUUAAUUCACUUGAACUCAGCUAGCGAACACACGAUGUCUGGAAGAGGUAAAGGCGGCAAGGGACUCGGAAAAGGAGGCGCUAAGCGUCACCGUAAGGUUCUCCGCGAUAACAUCCAGGGAAUCACCAAGCCCGCCAUUCGCCGUCUGGCUCGCCGUGGCGGCGUGAAGCGUAUCUCCGGGCUGAUCUACGAGGAGACCCGCGGUGUCCUGAAGGUGUUCCUUGAGAACGUGAUCCGUGACGCCGUCACCUACACCGAGCACGCCAAGAGGAAGACCGUUACGGCCAUGGACGUGGUCUACGCUCUGAAACGCCAGGGACGCACCCUGUACGGUUUCGGCGGUUAAACGCACUCUUCUCGGAACGUCAACAUCCCGACUUGAACCCAAAGGCUCUUUUAAGAGCCAC